AUGGAAACCUCAACUUCCCCAACAAAGAAUGAAGCAAAAUCUACUCGUGCAGCUUCGUCUCAUUCUUCUCAACUAGAGAUUGACAGACACUACCGACCAGAGUUAAAGUUUACCAACUUUGCCGCACAAGCGCCCAUAGUAACCAAAUAUGUUACCUCAAAGUAUUUAAGAAAUGACGCGUCAUUUUUUCAGAGAGAUGAGCUUCUGAAGCCUCGAGUUUUUCGAGAAAAAGAACGCGAACGUGAUAGUAAAGAUGAGGAUAUGGAAGACGAAGAGGAAGAAAAUCGAGAAGGAUCAAAAGUGCUCGUGAUUCAUCCAGGUUCAAAAAAUUUGAGAAUAGGAUGUGCAUCUAAUGCAUUUCCUCUAAUCAUACCCCAUGUUAUCGCGAGAAAAUUGAAAAUCCCUAAUGAUCGCAGUAAUAAAGUAAAAAAGGACAACAAGGAAAAUGCUGAUUUUAUGGAAAUUGAUUCCGGCACCAACACCAAUAUCACCGCCAACACGAUUGAACUUUUAAAAGAAGGACAUCAAGUCAAUGAAGAGACAGGCAAAAAUGCCAUAAUUGAAAGUGGCGGUAAUGGCAGUGCCACUAAAGAAGAGUCAUCCAACGAAAAUAUGUCUGGUUCACCGAGUUCCCUGGCUAAUAUUGAUGAAUUCGAGCAAGAGGAGGAGACUCGAAUAAAAAAAGGAAUAGAUGAAAUUAAGAAGGAAUUAAAAGAACGAAUGAAAAUAGCUAAGCGACGUCCCGUUGCCAAUGCUAGUGCUCAAAUCGCAUCUUUUAACAAAGCUGUUGUGCCUGAAAUAAUACCUGAUCAUAAUGAUCCAUAUAAAGUUGAAUGGACUAGAAUAGAUGAUGGUCACGAUUAUUAUGUGGGUGAUAAGGCACUUCGAAUACCAACUCCUCUGACUCCAUACAAACUAUUAUAUCCCAUACAACGUGGUGAUCUGAAUACACGUGAUUAUGAUUCUAUUAAAGCUGUAAUUGGUGAUCUAGAGACGAUAUGGACUGAAGUUAUCACUGAACAAUUAAAAAUCAAAAAGAAGAAUUUUGACAAAUACUCGGUUAUUCUAGUGAUACCAGAUUUGUUUAAUAGACUUUCGGUGGCUGAGAUAGUUACCAUGCUAUUACGAUAUAUGGGAUUUUCUCGUGUAUUUGUUCAACAAGAAGCUGUAUGUGUGACAUUUGGUGCUGGUAUGUCGAUGGCAUGUGUUGUUGAUAUUGGAGCUCAAACAACCAGUAUUACUUGUGUUGAGGAUGGAAUGUGCAUACCAGAUUCAAGGAUAUAUCUAAAUUAUGGAUGUGAUGAUAUUACCAUCUUUUUUCUUCGACUCUUAAAAAGAAGCAGAUUUCCAUAUGAAGAAAUUGAUUUAAAUAGAUCAUAUGAUUGGAUGUUAGCCGAAGAAAUGAAAGAGAGAUUUUGUACUCUCAAUGAAGCUAACUUAACCAUACAAUUAUAUGAUUUUUACGUGCGAGCGCCUAAUGAACCUACCAAGAAAUAUCAAAUAAAGACCUAUGACGAGGCGAUUAUUGCGCCUAUGCUUUUACUUUAUCCGCAUAUAAUAAAUUUCCAGAAAAAAGUGAAUGAAUUUCCUACAAAAUUCUUCACUUAUGCAAUCGAUGAUAUUAAUGAAGGAAACGCGUCGACUGGGCCAAAACUUUCUCUAAUCACCAAUCCGUCACAAAUACGAUCAAGUUCAUACACGUCACCAUCACCGGGACCUCGCGACAGUCCUCUUCCAUCAACACCAGUGCGAAAUGAGCCGAAUACCACAACUACUGGACCUUCAUCACCAUCUGUAUUUUCUUCACUGUCGCGGAACAAUAUUACACCGAUGGUUGAUCCGGUAUCUACGUUACCUCUUGAUGAAGCUAUCGUUCAAAGUAUAAAUUGCUCGUCUACAGAAGAACGCGUCAAAAAAUUUUAUUCUAGUAUUAUUGUGGUUGGUGGUGGCGGUCUCAUACCUGGAAUCAAUGCGAUGCUAGAGGAUCGAUUAUCAUCUAGACCAAUGCCAUUCGCCGAUAAACUCGAGGUACUUUCAUCACCGCGUGAAUUAGAUCCUCGAUUAUUAGCAUGGAAAGGAGCAUCAGUGAUGAGCAAAUUAGAAAUUGUCAAUGAAUCAUGGAUCAAUUCGAGAGAAUGGGGUGAAUUGGGUGUCCGGUGUUUACGAGAGAAAGCGAUGUUUGCAUGGUGA